ACUUGCUGAAGAUUCAAACACUGAUGGUUUAAUGUUUAUAAAUCACAAUAACUUUAAUAAUUGAAUGUUUCCUUUUCAGAUGUUCAGAUAUUGUUGCUCAAAUAUGAGUUUGGUGUACAGCUGUAGGGUGAAGUUCAUCUGUUCUCCAUCUUGUUUUUCUGUUUCCUUUCUGAUCUUCUAAUGUCCGCGACAGCCCUGAAUUCUUCACUGUUCGUCGCGCAGACGUCGCUGACGCUCSACGGCCUGCAGCAGCUGUCUGAUCACCGGCUGCUCUUCUUCUUCCUCUUCCUCAUGGCUUAUGUGUUCGCGCUGUGCAGCGACGGCCUCGUGCUGGUAGUGAUCUGCACGCGCCACAGCCUCCAUAAGCCCAUGUAUGUGCUCGUGGCCGCGCUGCUGCUGAACUCGCUGCUGGGCGGCAGCGCGAUCUACCCAUGGCUGCUGUGGGAGCUGCUGUGGGARAGCGGCUCUGUCCUGGUCACACUGUCAGCGUGUGCGUGUCAGGUGUGGGUUCUAUACACUAUGGGCGGCUCGGCCUUCAUGUUGCUGACGGCCAUGGCCUUCGACCGCUACGUCGCCAUCUGCCGCCCGAUGCGCUACGCCGCGCUGGUGUCGCCACGGACAGUGAAAGCUGUGCUUCUGUUCUCUUGGCUGCUGCCCGCCAUUACUGUUUUGAUCACAGUGCUUUUAACAGUGUGCCAGCCGCUCUGCCGCUCUCAUAUCAAUAGGCUCUACUGUGAUGUUUACAGCUUAAACAGACUCAGCUGCGGCGGAAAUGCGGCGCAGGUGAGCGAMGUUUUCGCCCUGUUCAUCUAUGUUGCUACUGUCCUGCUGCCCGUCGCCUUCGUUMUUUUCUCCUACAGCAACAUCCUUUAUGUCUGCUUGUGCCGCACACGCGGCUUUAGCAGCAAAGCGUUGCGCACCUGUCUGCCGCACCUGCUGGUCUUCCUAAACUACAGCGCUUGCACUGCAGUGGAGCUGCUGCAGCGCCGCCUGCAGGGCGCAGACCAGACUGCAUCCUCUGUGCUCACUUCGGUCCUGGUAGUUCUGGUUCCUACCGUGUUAAACCCGGUAGUGUACGGCCUGAAUAUGAGCGCCAUCACCGGAUACAUCAGGAGGCUGCUGGGCAGCAGGAAAACCGAUUGAUUUGAAAC